AAGGCGAGACAGGAACUUCAUUCCCCUCUGUGUCAGGAUCCCAGAAAUUAUGCCCCUUCUCUCACCAUGAAUUGGCUCUCGAGUUCCUCGGGAGUUGUGCUAACUGCUUACCACCCCAGCGGCAAGGACCAGGUCGUUGGGGACAGCCAUGCAAAGGGAGGCGAUGAAGCCACCUCCAGUCACAGAUAUGGUCAGUAUACCAUGAACUCAGAAAGCUCCACCAAAGCUUCAGAGAGGCCUCCAUUUGAUCGAUCAAGUUCUCAGGAUUCUUUGGAUGAAGUAUCAAUGGAAGCCUAUUGGACAGAACUAGAAAACAUCAAGAGGUCGAAUGAAAAUCGUCAAGAAGGUCAAGAGGCCAUAGUUGUCAAAGAGCCUGAUGAGGGAGAACUGGAAGAAGAAUGGCUCAAGGAGGCGGGUCUGUCCAAUCUUUUUGGAGAGUCUGCUGAUGACCCGCAGGAAAGCAUCGUGUUUUUAUCUACACUGACCCGGACUCAGGCAGCAGCUGUUCAGAAACGUGUAGAAACAGUCUCCCAGACCUUAAGGAAGAAAAACAAACAGCACCACAUUCCCGACGUCAGAGACAUAUUUGCUCACCAGAGAGAGGCACAAGAAAAAUCUCCAGAUGACUCAGACUUGCGGUCAGUCAGAGCAAACGAAAACAAAGGCCAAGGAGAUGACCAGCCAUCUAGUGGGGUUGUUGAUAACAAGGAGCUAACGCCACUGGUGCCUGAGGACAUACCUGCCUCUGAAACAGACAUCAAUCUGGAGGUGUCAUUUGCGGAACAAGCCGUCAAUCAGAAGGAGUUCAGUAAGGAGAGGACACAGAAGAUCAAAGGCAAUAAUGCCUCUUUGCCAAGUUUUAGACUGCCAAAAGAUAAAACAGGUACAACGAGGAUUGGAGACUUGGCACCCCAAGACAUGAAGAAAGUUUGCCAUCUAUCCCUGAUUGAACUCACUGCCCUGUAUGAUGUGUUGGGGGUGGAACUCAAGCAACAGAAGGCUGUGAAAAUCAAAACCAGAGACUCUGGUCUUUUUGGUAUGCCUUUAACUCUAUUGUUAGAACAAGAUCAAAGAAAAGUGCCUGGAACGCGAAUACCCUUGAUCUUUCAAAAACUGCUUUCUCGCAUUGAAGAAGGUGGUCUGGAAACUGAGGGCCUCCUACGGAUACCAGGAGCAGCCAUGAGAAUCAAGAAUCUUUGCCAAGAACUAGAAGUGAAAUUUUAUGAGGGGACUUUCAACUGGGAAAGCGUCAAGCAGCACGAUGCUGCCAGCCUGCUGAAGCUCUUUCUGAGAGAGCUGCCCCAGCCACUGCUGAGCACGGAGUAUCUCAAAGCCUUCCAGGCUGUCCAGAAUCUUCCAACCAAAAAGGAACAAUUGCAGGCUUUGAACCUCCUUGUCAUUCUUCUACCUGAUGCAAACAGAGACACACUGAAGGCCUUGCUUGAAUUUCUCCAAAGAGUCAUAGAUAACAAAGAGAAGAACAAGAUGACAGCUGUGAAUGUGGCAAUGGUCAUGGCCCCAAAUCUCUUCAUGUGCCAUGCGCUGGGCUUGAAGUCCAGUGACCAGCGAGAAUUUGAAAUGGCAGCUGGGACAGCAAAUGUCAUGCACUUAUUGAUUAGGUACCAGAAACUUCUAUGGACAAUCCCUAAAUUUAUUGUAAACCAAGUGAGGAAGCAGAAUACUGAGAAUCAAAAGAAGGAAAGGAAAGCCAUGAAGAAACUGCUGAAGAAAAUGGCUUAUGACCGGGAAAAACAUGAAAAGCAAGAUAAAACUGCAAAUGGUGCUGAUGUUCCUCAGGGAGUGAUUCGAGUGCAAGCUCCCCAUCUUUCAAAAGUUUCCAUGGCAAUACAGCUAACUGAAGAACUGAAAGCCAGUGAUGUACUUGCCAGGUUUCUCAGCCAAGAAAGCGGGGUUGCCCAGACACUCAAGAAAGGAGAAGUUUUCCUGUAUGAGAUUGGAGGAAAUAUUGGGGAACGUUGCCUUGAUGACGAUACAUACAUGAAGGACUUGCACCAACUGAACCCGAAUGCUGAGUGGGUCAUAAAAUCCAAGCUGGUGUAGACAACUAUCCCGAGGACAUGUCAUCAUUCUUGCUGUGUCAAGAGUGUAAAUAAACGUAGCAGGUUUCUUAACUAUUCAGCUGUACCCAAUUAUUACAAAGUGACACCCUCAAGCCUUAAAAUUAUAGACUUUUUGUGACUUUCACACUUGUUAAUUAUUAUUAUUAGAAAACAAAUAUUUUUGAAGUAAGGGAAAAGGGGGCUUGCGGGCUGUUUAUACACACUUAAAAAUGUGUUCACAUGUGACAGUUCUCUUUUGUAUGGAAUCAUUUCUCUACCACUUUUUUUUUUCUUUAUGGUACUAGGUAUUGAACAAGAACUUUGCUCGUAGUUGGCAAGUGCUUUAGGACACCUAGUGAUAUCCCCCCAAAUUAAACACUCUUUACUAAUAGAUUUCCUAAUAGAGUUUUGGGUUAAUUACAUUUUAAAAAUGCUGUCUUCUCUUUCUUACCUCUUCCCAUUUACUUUCCCUUAAUAAAUUUUGCUUUUUAACCAGAAAGAGAUAGUUAAUAGCAGGUAUGGAAAGCUAUAACUCAUCAGUGUUCUUGUUACCACAAGAUGCUACUACUCAUGGCUUGGAAUCAUUGGUCUGUGCAGGCGGUCAUUUCUUGAGCUUAUCAAUCUUAUGUGCACAAAGCUGUAUUCAUCAUCAAGACCCAGACUGCCAGGACCUUCCAAUUAUCACCAAAGUAUGAAAUGCUUAAACACUCAGGAGAAAAAAAAAUAUCAAACCACAAGGACUAACUGAGUCACCUAUGACCACAAAGGGAAAAGCUGUUUGUGUGUACAACACUCUUUCAGAUGGAAUCUGAAAAGUCACAUAUCAAGUGACUUGGCAACAUUAUACCAACCAUAAUAGUACAGCCCGGAACCAUUGGAGAAUACAUUGUAAAAUGCCACUUUUCCUCUUGCCAGAAUGAGUCUACAGGGUGUGACAAUCAUUUAUGUGAACUGGGUUUUGCCCAUGUGUAUAUUUUAAAGAAUCUGAGUCAGUUGGUUAAGAUGCUGUGGAAAGUAUUAUCCCCAGGGCUUUUUGUGCACGGACAUACUGUGACAGAACGCGGACCUCUGCUGUAAAUAAGAGAAAUGAAAUAAGAGCAAGGUUCACUAUUUUAUAAGGGUAGAGUGCCAUUGACGAAAGGUGGCGUGUGUGGAUGAGGCACUGAUGUCGGUGACACUGUUCGUAGUUCUUUAGGGGAAGCUGUGCAUCCUCAGAAGCCUCUGAUGCCACUCUAGGAGGGAAAGUGCCGUUCAUGAGAACAGGGGUGUGUUGAGCAUACAGUGAGGAGAGUGGCCUGUGGAUGGAUGGGCCCUUUGGUAGCACCAUGGAUAAGUGCUUUGGUAACGCCAUGGGGAUUUGUGCCAUUGCUUUUUGUAUUUAAAUAAAUUUUAUAAUUAAAUGACUUUUUCUAAACAAUCUUCGCUUGGAAUUAUUACUUUUAUACAGGUGUAUAUUCAUGAGUCUAUGUUUGUCUGUUUAAACUAUUUUAAUUAACGCUCUAUUUUCAAUGUAA